CAAAAAGUUCCGCCGAUGGUACUCCGAGGAGACCCGUUUUACCUGUCAGUGCGAGAAAAAUUAAAGAUAAUGCCGCAGACUGGCAUAAUUUAAUGAUGAAAUGGGAGAGACUGAAUGAUGAUGGAUUUACUACAGCGAACAAAAUAGUCAACAUGAAGAUCGGUGAGCAAUUUCAAGACAACAAACUGGAGAUAGCAUCUGAUACCAGUGCCAUAGAAUCUGAGAAGCCAGCUCCAAAAUACAAUGAAGAACUGGACAACUGCUGUGCAGAAUUACUUGAGACCUUAAAGCAAAUGACAAAAAUACAACUGAAAAUGGAAAAGCUUACUUCAACUACUAAAGCAAUCUGUGACUUGGAAACAUUCCACCAUGGAGCUGGGAAUUGUGCAGCAUCCUUCUUUCAUACAUGGCCCACACCAUACUUCUAUGAGGUUUCUCUGAAGCUCUCUGAAAUGUACAAGAAGGAACUACAACUCAAGCAAACAAUUGUACAAGAAAUUGCUCAUUCUGCUGACCAGGAUCUGAUGAUGGUCUAUUUAUCAUCAUGGUUAUACCAGCCUUACAUUGAGAACAGCAGCACACUACUACUUGAAGCCAUGCUGCUGGAAACAGGACACAGACAGUGCUAGGAUUUCAGAUGUUACAUGGCUUGCUUCUAAUGAUGCUUAUGUGAAAUGGCAAAUUGCAAGGUUUACCAAAUUGCAUUUUUGUAAAACUUAUUAAAAAUACUUUUCUCUACUUGUAUUUUUUA